GAUCUUCUGGAUCUAGCUCGUUGGAAGAUACUGAUCCAGCAGUUCCGAUAUGACAACUACAGACUGCAUCAGCUGGGAAACAACUCUGUCUUCACUAUCACUCUACAGGCUGGUCUGUCUGCCAUCAAGACACCUCAGUGCUACAAGGAGGAUGGCACCUCUAAAAACCCAGACUGCCCAGUGUGCAGUAAAUCUCUUAACAAGUUGGCCCAGCCUCUACCUAUGGCCCACUGCGCCAAUUCCAGACUAGUCUGUAAGAUCUCUGGGGAGGUCAUGAAUGAAAACAACCCUCCCAUGAUGCUGCCUAAUGGAUACGUCUAUGGCUACAAUUCCCUUCUGUCCAUUCGUCAAGAUGACAAAGUGGUGUGUCCUAGAACCAAAGAAGUCUUCAACUUCUCUCAGGCGGAGAAGGUCUAUAUCAUGUGAUCACUCAGAUGAAACAACUGAGUGUUGACAAGAUCAAAUAUGGCCUGUUGUCCAUCACUUGUGACCUGGCCUACUCAGAGCCACCUGUGGAGCUGUGAUCCAGUGCCCUUCUGCCCCCCACCCCCCACACCCCCCACAGACAUACCUGAGAUGCCCUUCAAGCCUCCCUGUCCCCCUUCCCCAUUCAUCAGCGCAUCCAGUUUCCCCUCCCAUUUGAUCUCACAGAAACUGGGCUCUUCUCCUUUCAGACUCUGUUUUAGAUGUGGCUAGAAGUCAUUUGAUCUGAUCCAUUCAAGCACAUGGACUAUCAACAUUGUCAUUAUCUUACAGGCCUUCACUCUGAAGAUUAGAGACAAGAGAAAAGGACUGAUGGGGUGAAAAACUGCUAGGUAGAUGUUUGAUUUUACUACAACAAAUAAAAAAAAAAACUUGUUGAGGUUACUUGGACUUUUUUUUUCCUUUUAGUAGUGGUGUUCCUUUGUUACUUAACAAGUGGCGGAGACGUAUUAACUCAAUGCAUUAACCAGAUUAACUCAAGAUUUGGGCCUUUUUCUAAACAAACAUGACUGCCUGUUCACAUUUCAUUAUGUGGUGCAUGCUGUCAACAUCCCUUUGUCUUCUAGCCAUGUUUUUAGUGGUUGUUGGAGGGAAAUUUGUUAAAUGCUUCCUUUUAAACUGCCUAACUUCUGAAUUUUAUCCUCCCGUUGACUGAAACUGGAGUCUAGUUUGGGCUGCAGUAGGCUCCUUUUCAAAUGUAAAUAUUAGAUAGGAAUUGAUCAUCCUCAUUUAUACAUUCAGGAGUUUUAGGGACAAGUUACGACAAUGAAGAUUAACCUUCUGUGAAGAUUGCUGUGUAAACUGAACAAGUCUUUUCUUGGGUGUUACAAACUUGAUAUAGCCUGCAGUAUCCUCAAGUUAACUGGUUCAGUAUAAUUUUUCAUUUCUGAAAAUCCUUAUAGUUUCACAAUUGGUGAUAUUAGUUACAGACUGGUGUUUUUGUUUUUUUUUUACCAUCAUGAAAUUUAAACAAACUAUUCAAACAAGAAAAAUCACCUCUGAUGUUUUUUGUUUUUUUUUUUCUUUCCAAAUGAACAAACUGUCUUCCUUUGUUGUGUGCGAGAUUUGGUCUUAACUUCAUUUCAAUCGAUGCUUGAUAUUUAUUUUGUCUAAAAAGGAGACCCUGGGUGAUUUUUGUCAAUUCAACAUUGCACAUCGUUUUAAUUUGAUUACUGCUUUCCCAAUGAAGAACAAGAUAACAAAAGGAGGGACUGUGCUCAUAGUUUUUCAUUCUUUUGUCUGCCUAUGCGAAAGCUGCUUGCAGCACCAACACUACAGGGUUUACGAAGCAUCAGCGUACACCAGCCUCAUCAUCACAUCCUUCAGUUCCCGGCACAUGCCCAACCUUUGUUUAGUACAUGGUUAAAACCUCCACAACACUGUUGAUUUACCAGUCCUGCCUUUACUAACAAAGUCAGAAGGAAAAUCUUGUGGUCACCUGAAAAUGUGACUCAUUCUCAUCCUUUAUGACUUUGAAACUUACUGUAGAUGAUGGUAUGUAAUGUGGAUAAACAGAGAAUGAGUUUUGACUUCAUUUUCAACAAAUCACACUGAAAUUUAACCCUGAACACCCAUAGAACGCAAUCCAAAAAUGCAGAUUUAUGUUUAACAUGAUCAGUUUUGUGGUCAGUCUUUUCUUUCAUCUGGUGUUUAUCGACAAACUAAGUCGCCUCAUUUGUGUCCAUCAAUGAUUUGGAACUGUAUCUGUGCAGACACAGACUGUCCUGUGUGUUUGUGUUGGUAGAAUAGAAAUAGGGAUUGUUUCAUGAGCAAUAUGUCUCAUAAAGAUUUCAGCGAACUUUGA